AAAGCUGAGCUGCCUGCAACGUGUGUGUGUGUGUGUGUGUGUGAGUCUUGUGUAAACGUUUCCGACUUCUCCCACUUCAGAGAUGUACCUCGCUCAUUACGUCUGUGGACGUGGGACUUUAUAAGUAAUAGAUGCGUGCUCCCUAGUUUCCGUUUACAAGUGCUAGAGAUUUGAUCCAUUAUUUGAAGUGCCAGACAUUUAAGGAGCAUGCAGGACUGGAAAAGACCAGGAUUUGGGAGGUUGUGCCUGUGUUGACUGAGCAGCCGAAGAGUUCUGAACCCUAUUCCACACACCGCCGCGAAACUGACCGCUGGAAAAUGGCCAAGGGAAAGAGUAAAGGCCCCAAGGGGAAAAAGGUGACCCUGAAGAUGGCCAAAAACUCAAUGAAGAUCACAUUCGACGGCAAGCGACGCUUGGUCCUGAGCAACAUGGGCAUCGUAACGUUUCCUCGGUGUAUCCUGAAACUGACCGACAUCGAAGAGAUCGACCUGAGCAGGAACCAGAUCAAGAAGAUCCCCGAGUACAUCGAGAAAUUCGAAAAGCUUCGCUGGCUGGACCUUCACACCAACAAGAUCGAUAAAAUUCCCGAAUCCAUCGGCCAGCUGGAAAACCUCUUCUAUCUCAACCUCUGCAACAACAAGCUAACCGCGGACAGCUUACCCAUCGAGCUGGGCCAUCUCAAGAACCUGCGCAUCCUCAACCUCGGGCUGAAUUCGGUGGACAUCCUGCCAACGUCCAUCGGGACCCUGAAGGAGCUGUACGAGCUGGGGCUCUUCGACAACAAUAUCUCAAUGGUGCCUGACAAAAUCCUCACCCUGCCCAAGCUGAAGAAGCUCAACGGCCUGCGGAACCCGUACAGCACGCCCAAGGAAGAGGACAAGCCCAUCGACACCAUAAACCGGCUCGACUACCUGUACCUCGCUCACAAGGAGAACCUCUGCCGCAACUGCCUCCGCAAGGCUCAGCACGAGAGAGAGAAGUGGACCAAGGUGAAGAACAUGACCGAUCUCAAGGAGGAUCCUGAUUUUUCAGGCCUCAUAACACCCAAUUCUGUGGCCAAAGAAGAACAGGAGUCUUGGAGAACAUGAAUUCUUUUUCAGAGGGUUGGGCAGUGCCCUCUGUUGAGGAAUUCUGGAGCUGGGCUUGGAAACUGGCCAGGUUUACGUGAAAUAAAGCUGCAAUGUCAACUUG